CUCAUUUUUCAAUCGACUCGACCACCACCACAAUGAACGUCCAAGCAGCGUACUCCCAGUGGGCUACCAUCUACGACACCAACGCCAACAAGACGCGCGACUUGGAGACGCUCGUCGGCCAGCGCUUUCUCCUCGAAGAGCAAAUGACCUUUGAGCAUGUGCUCGAGCUCGGCUGUGGCACAGGCAAAAACUCAACCUGGCUUGCACCCGCAACACGCCGCCUCACGAGCGUCGAUCUCACUGCGUCGAUGCUUGCGGUCGCCCGCACCAAGGUGCCAGCUUCCCACGUUCAGUUUCUGCAAGGCGACCUCCUCGCGCCGUCGUGGGACGCGUUUGCCUCGCCGAGCUCCGUAGACGUCGUGACGUUCAGCCUCGUCCUCGAACACAUUGAGCACCUGGAUCCAAUCUUUGGGAAGGUCAACCACGUGCUCCGACCCGGCGGCCUUGUGUAUAUUGGCGAGCUCCACCCGUUCAAGCAGUACGCGGGCACGAAGGCGUGUUUUGAGACCGAGGAUGGCACCAAGCAAAUCGUGUCGGCUUUCACGCACCACGUGAGCGACUUUGUGUCUGCGGCGCAAGCGUGCGGCUGGACGGUGGAGCGACUCGGCGAGUUCUUUGACAAUGACGAUCGUCGCACGGUGCCCCGCAUUCUCGGUCUUCUCUUCCGAAAGCCCCAGUAGAGAUUUCGCUGGCGUUUCUCAACACAAACAAUGUCGGUAUUCCGUUUUAUCACUAACAGACAACUUGUUUUACUGUCAGUUUUGUUUUCUGUCUAUAAAGUUAUAACCAAACAACUAGUCGGUCAAAUCGAG